AUGAACGAGGAGAACAUAGACGCAAAACAAAAUGAAUAUAAGCCAAUAUUAAGUCAGGAUAGUAUACACAAGCUAGAAGAAGCUAUAUCCGCAAUCAUUGCUAAAGAAAAUAAAAUCGGAGCCAUUCAAAUUGAUUUACAAUUGUCCCAAAUAGACGAAAACAACCAAAUCAAAGACGAAAUCUUAGCGAAUCCAAUAGGUUCUUAUGCUCUUAUUAAUGUCAUUGCAUCCAGAAUUGCCAGGACAAAAAGCUACCAAAACAUUGUUACUACAGUACAUUUCUCAGACAUUACUAAGCCAAAGACAAUUACAACAUUGCUUCCACAAGAUGUCGAACAAGUAGUUACUCUUCCAUUACGUGUCAUUCAGACAGAAGAAGUAAAACUCGAAUCAAACUCUACAAAGAAAAACAAGAUUUCUGACAUUACACCUACACAAACUAUUGUUUGCUCUGACAUCUGUCAAAACUGCCAAUGUAAAGUAAUUUUACAUAAAUCAAUGACAGGAAUCUUAAACAAAGGAGACUCUUGCUUAAUGACAGGCAUUGUUAAAACAGAGAAAAAUCAGAAUACAUUCAAAUGCUCUUUGAUCUGUCUAUCGUUUACGAUAAUAACCGAUAACCGCCGCUCACUUUACACUAUUUCAAAACGUAACAUUGAAACAGUACAAAAAGUAUCACAAACUAAACCUCUUUUACCUUCUUUAGUUCAGAGUUUAUGUCCAAAUAGUGGAGUGUCACUUUUAGUUAAGAUGUCACUUUUAUUAUCACUUUUCUCCAAUGUUCAAACACAUACAUUAAUUUUAGGAGAAUAUUCUAACAACAUCAAGAAUCUAUUUGAUUUUGUUUGUAAAAUUGCCCCGAUUAAAUGUGUUAUGACAGAAACAUCAAAACCAGAUGAUAUUUCGUUAUCUUCUGGUGGUUGUUUAAUCGUUGAUUCUCAACAAUCUCUUAAAAAGUGUCAGUUACAAUUUAUCGAAGCAAUCGAAACAAAUAAAAUAAGAAAUGACACUUUUACUGAUCUAAAAAGUGACUUUUCUUCAAUUGUCUUUUGUCAAAUCGACAAUUCCCAGAAAAUAAAUUUGUUUGACGAAACUUUACAACUCUUCACUUUGUCACUUUUCGACGAUACAAACGAUACAAACCGUCGACAAACAUUGAGACAAUUGACACCAAGUAAUUCAUCAUUUUUAAACAGAGUUUUCCAAAACUGGGAAGAUAAUGAUUUGACAAUUGAAGAAAGAUUGAAACCAACAUAUCAAAUUGAAGCUCCUUUCACCGAAGAUGAACUUAGAGUUUAUAUUUCUUAUGUGAAAUCUUUUGUUUCUCCUGUUUUGACUGAAAAUGUCAAAGAAAAAAUUGAAAAUUUGUCAAAAAUGAUGAAAAAUGAAAGAGCUCUUCAAAAACUCACUGAUUUGUCUAUCGUUAGAACAUCAAUUGAUUUGAGAGAAGAAGUAUCUGAAGAUGAUGUUGACGAUGUCUUCGAAUUGUUACAAAACAGUUUUGACAUCAAUCAAAAAAUGACAAAAAGUAGAGGAAAGAAACUUUCGAAGAAAAAUGCAGUUUUGUGUUUCAUGAACUCAUUGAGAAUGACAGGAGAAAGAUAUUUCUCAAAGUUUGAUUUGAAAGAAAUCUUUGAAAGAUCAUGUAAGAACUCAUCUUUUAAUAACUGCGAUGAAAUUAUUGAUUUCCUUUCUUCUGAAGGAACCCUUCUUCUUUGCCCUGACAGAAGAUAUCGACUUUCUUCUUCAGCUUUAUAA